GAAGGGAUAAAAUGGUCACGAAAGGUUGGGGGAUGGUGGAGGCACGGAGGGGAGGAGGGUUGUGGGCAAAGAGGUAGGAGCAUUGUUUUACCCUACUGCACCCCACUCCUGUCCCCCCAGGCUGCUGGCCCAGCGGCAGCAACACUCCUUUGGUCUGCAUGGGGUGGCGUGCGUGGGCACCGAGGCCCACCUCUCCCUCUGCUCCUUGGAGUUCUAUCGUGCCAAUGACACCACCAGGUGCCCUGGGGGGGGCCCCUGCGGUGGUGAGCUGUGUGCCAGGCCCUCUCUACGCAGCGUCCAGUGGCCAGAAGAAGCAACAACAGUCGAAGCCUCAGGGGGAGACCCGAGUGCGUCUAAAGGGUGGGGCCCACCCUGGAGAGGGCCGGGUGGAAGUCCUGAAGGCCAGCACGUGGGGCACAGUCUGUGACCGCAAGUGGGACCUGCAGGCAGCCAGCGUGGUGUGUCGGGAGCUGGGCUUCGGGAGUGCUCGAGAGGCUCUGAGUGGUGCCCGCAUGGGGCAGGGCAUGGGUGCCAUCCACUUAAGUGAAGUUCGAUGCUCUGGACAGGAACCCUCCCUCUGGAAGUGCCCCCACAAGAAUAUCACAGCCGAGGACUGUUCCCAUAGCCAGGAUGCUGGAGUCCGAUGCAACCUUCCCUACACUGGGGUAGAGACCAAGAUCCGACUCAGUGGGGGCCGCAGCCGACAUGAGGGGCGAGUGGAGGUGCAAACAGGGGGACCUGGGUCCCUUCGCUGGGGCCUCAUCUGUGGGGAUGACUGGGGGACACUGGAGGCCAUGGUGGCCUGUAGGCAACUUGGACUGGGUUAUGCCAACCAUGGCCUACAGGAGACCUGGUACUGGGAUUCAGGGAAUACCACAGAGGUGGUGAUGAGUGGAGUGCGCUGCACAGGGUCUGAGCUGUCCCUGGACCAAUGUGCUCAUCACAGCACCCACAUUGCCUGCAAGAGAACAGGAACCCGCUUCACUGCUGGAGUCAUCUGUUCUGAGACUGCAUCAGAUCUGCUGCUGCACUCGGCCCUGGUGCAGGAGACGGCCUACAUCGAGGACCGGCCCCUGCACAUGCUCUACUGCGCCGCCGAAGAGAACUGCCUGGCUCGCUCCGCCCGCUCGGCCAACUGGCCCUACGGCCACAGGCGUCUCCUCCGGUUCUCCUCCCAGAUCCACAACCUGGGACGAGCGGACUUCAGGCCCAAGGCUGGGCGCCAUUCCUGGGUGUGGCACGAGUGUCACGGGCACUACCACAGCAUGGACAUCUUCACCCACUAUGAUAUCCUGACCCCCAAUGGCACCAAGGUGGCUGAGGGCCACAAAGCUAGUUUCUGUCUAGAAGACACUGAAUGUCAGGAAGAUGUCUCCAAGAGGUAUGAGUGUGCCAACUUUGGAGAGCAGGGCAUUACUGUGGGUUGCUGGGAUCUCUACCGGCAUGACAUCGACUGCCAGUGGAUUGACAUCACAGAUGUGAAGCCAGGAAACUACAUUCUGCAGGUGGUCAUCAACCCCAAUUUUGAAGUAGCAGAAAGCGACUUCACCAACAAUGCAAUGAAAUGUAACUGCAAAUACGACGGGCACCGCAUCUGGGUGCACAACUGCCACAUUGGCGAUGCCUUCAGUGAAGAGGCCAACCGGAGAUUUGAGCGCUACCCAGGCCAGACCAGCAACCAGAUCGUCUAAGGUGCUGCCACCCUCCUCCGCAAACCACCACUGGCCCCUAAGGGCGGGGGUCUGAGGCUGCCAUUACCUCAGGAGCUUACCAAGGAACCCCAGAUAUCAGCAGGCCAGCCGCACUCAUCUAGUGUGCAUUAUGGAGGUGGACUGUCAAGCCGAGGUUAUCGCCCUCCUUCCUAGGCCAGCUGCCGGAUCCGUGGCCAAGCGUGGGGAAUUUUUGCUCCCAGGCCCAGCACCGAGCCAAGCACACGACAAAGAGCAGCACCUGAUUAACUGCCCAGAACAACAGACAGCAGCAGCUGGUUUUCUUGAAUAGGGAGGU